AUGAAGCACAUUGUAAUAUACAUUUAUGCUAUCUCUAUAUUUAUUAUUGGCUUCCAGUAUUGCCUGUAUUGGGUUUUUCCUCGUGGUGACAAGAAUGCCCAAAGAGUUGUUUUGGUUGCUACUAUCGUUCUGGAUUCGCUUGGCUUCCUUGUACUACUGUGUGCCGGCGCUUAUAAACUUUACUUUGAUGAUGAUGAUGAUGAUGCCAACAAUGAUCAUGGUUUGGGUACAAGCGAUGACCAUCAUGUUAUCAACAUCACGGAGUUGGCCAGUGUUAACCCCUCCAUCCUCAUCCGAUCAAUCCCCGCCGUUGAUUUUAACCCUCGGAACUUUGAGUUUGAGGACGGCGUCGAGUGUGUCGUUUGUCUCUCUGAGCUCGCCGAAGGAGACAAAGCCAAGCUCUUGCCGAGCUGUAAACACUGGUUUCACGCACAUUGCAUCGACGCUUGGCUUGAGUCGCACGCCACUUGCCCUAUCUGCAGAACGAGAGUUCGCCUGUUCCAAACUAACGAACCAAGUUCCGGCAAUCUAACUUGUUCUGAUGAGCAUUCAGCAGAUGUGACGGCGGUUGUUGUAGACAUCCCGACAACCUUCCAAGUCGGAGAUUUGGGCCCAUCACAUCCCUGA